CGUUUGAUAUCAGCUGAUUGGUGUCAGUGCGAGAAUUGUCGCGUAUUACCAACAGUGGUGGAAUGUAUUUGCUGCCAUGAAGUAGAUGCUGCCCAACAUCGGAUGGAGGAUGGCUACAAAUGUGUGACCGAUAAUCCCUAUUUUGGGAGUAUUUGUUUGGAAGUAGAAGUGUUAAAAGUAGCGGCAAUAGCAAGAGCCGAUUUUCGUCAAGAUAUUUUACAAGAACUAAUUCCAAACGAAGUUCUGCGUCAUCAAGCUUAUAGACAGUUUAUUUACUGGAUCCAUCAAAGACUUGGUAAAAACCAUCGACGAGUUAUUCCAGCCUGUGCCGUUUGGAAAAUAAGGGAUGCUUUUCCACCAGAAUCUGGACAAUAUACUGGAUUUAAGUGUAGUGCCUGA